AUGGACGCCGAUGCUUCGCCAGAGCGCUUUCUUGCGUUCUCCUCCGCCCCCAUCUCUACGUUGCAGGCCUCUGGCAACCCACCAGGCUUCCAAAACCGGCGACACAGCUCGGGCUCGGACUCUGGCGUGUCCAGCAACGGGAGCGUUGCCGACCACACCGCUCGCCCUCGUCCUCAGCCGGUGUUCGACGCCCAACGGACGCAUAAUGGGGCUCAAUUCAGCUCCUACAGCCCCCCUCGUCGCACCAUAAAUGCUGUCGCCACAGUCAUUGCCGACGACUCACCCUACGUCCCCCCAGAGCCAUCUCCCCCUCAUCGCAGCCAGUAUCCGGCUCACUCGGGGGCCCAUAGCCAUUUCCAACCGUACGAUUAUCAAGGGCAACAGCCGCCUUCCUCGACUCAGUCACCUCCCCAGCAGUCACAUCGCAGGAGCAGCAGUGGCGGUAGUAGCCCUGCAGAGUCCAUCCGUAGUGGGAGCGACCGGAGUGGCCACCCGGGUAGCUAUAGCCAGAGGAGCGCGUCAAGUGGCGUGAGCGACCUCAGAAGUCAAUAUGUCAGUCCCCAGAUGCCCGCGGAGGACACCUUCAAUGUCCCAGAGCCCAUCGAGCAACCUCCGUUGUUCAACCCGGAACGAUAUCCGGCAUAUGAUGCCAAUGCGCGCAGGAUCGGCAUGGAACAUGUUCGCUAUGGCGAGGUACCCUCUGAAGGGACAGGACAGUCUUAUUACCGUUCUCGGACUCAGACUUAUCCCAUGGGGCCUCAAGUAAUGUCCAUGACCCUCGACUCGUCCAAUACCCCGGAGGCGCCGGUGUAUCAGCGUCAGAUGCCUGCCCCCCUUCCGAUUCAGGCAGCGACGCCCCAGAUUGACUAUCAGCGUCGUGGUUCCAACCCUCUGGACGGCCGGGGCAGCUAUGUCUAUCCCUCUACUCAGGCUGUCCCUGCGCCCCCUAUGAGCCACUCACCCGCUCAGGCACAGCAGCUUCCUCCUGACUUGCCUGAUCCGACACCCAACUUGCGCCAACUUCUUGGAUUGGGUCCGGAAGAUGAAGUCAGUUUAUAUGCCCUCGCGGACCCACCAUCUGGGGAAAAACCGAAUUAUCCGUACCCAACUUUGAUCAAACUGGCUAUCCAUGGAAGUCCCAAGAAGCGCCUUACGCUACAAGAGAUUUACGCCGCUUUGGAGGCGCGAUUCCAGUGGUUCAGAGAUAAUACGCACGAUAAAGCUUGGCAGAAUUCUAUCCGCCACAAUCUCUCCCUGAACAAGUGCUUCCGCAGGGUCUCCAAGCCGAUCACGGAGCCCGGAAAGGGCAGUUACUGGGUCGUCGACUACUCUCAAGGGGAAGGGAAUAAGCGGGCACGCAAGCGUAACAAGAGGCCUACUAAAGCUGAAUUAGCCCGGCGCGCUCAGGAAGCUGCCGCUGCUUCUUCCGCUGGCUCGUCUGGCCCUUCUGCUUCUCGUCAAGGGCGCCAGGAUGAAAGUUCUAGCGACGAGGAGCAGUCGAAUACCCCCUAUUCGCAGACCAGGGAAUCAAGCACCAGCCAGGUUUCAACCUCGCGUCUUGAUGACACCAACAUCGAUCCAGAGCUAAGAAACCAGGGUCAUGUUGUCGGAGAGGGACGUGUCCACGUCAACAACUUUGCUGUGCGCAACGAGGCCCACUCGCCGUACGCUAUACCCGACCCGGUUUUACCCCGCCGCAGCGCAAUGUCCAACUCCAUGGCGUCUCUCCAGAUGGCAACACAUCCUCCUUUUGUUCCCAGGCAGGCCACCGCUUUCGGGCAGGGCUCUUUCGGACAGCCUGCGUUCGGACAGUCCUCAUUCGUUUCUGGGUCUCCAGCAGCCCACAGCGGCGCGCCCAUUGCGCCCAGCAACAGGACGCCUACAUCUAUCUGGGGCCCGAUCAUCCCUCCCGAAUCUCCCAUGAGUUCUACUGGAGGCUUCAUGCCGCCAGCUGUCGCUUCGUUGGGCCCUUUUACGUCGUCUAUGCCCUCUAUGCGCUCGAUGUCUGCUGCCGCUACCCCUGGAAUGGAUCUCCGCAAUAUGUCUAUGCCUUCACUGGCUUCCCAUGCGGGCGAUAUGAGGGAUCCCACUGGCUGGAAUGUCACUCAGCCUGUUAGUAAUAUGCAUGGAGUGUCCCAGCAGCAGUACAUCCCUUCUAUGCCUCCCCGCGAUGGCGGGCCAUCGCAGGGAAGCAGGCGCAGCAGUGAUUCAUCUAGCUCGUCGUCCAGAGGAUGA